GGGCCAAGGUGGUGCGAUGCGAUGAGGAUGGAUGGGGGCGUGGAAGGAAAUAGAAAUUUCUGGAACCACAAUGUGGAAGACCUUCCCCUCGCUUUCCCUCCCUUUCAAAAUCGUCUGCAUUUUGCGCUAAUCAACAAUUAUCACAACACUCACCACUGCACAACAAGGCAUGCUCCUUCUAUUCCCUUCUCUUUUUCAAGUCUUCACCAUUCAAUUCCCUCUCUUACAUCCAUAACCUCAGUUUUUCAUUCAACUAUUCCAAUUUAUGCUUAUGUUGCUUACCAUCUCCCACCCAAAUUCAUAUCAACUGCGAUGAGGGGCUACGAUAGAGAUGGUUACGAUGAUUACGAGGACGAUGGACUGGAGGAAGGGGACGAAUAUGAAGAGGAUGGCGAGGAAGAAUACGUAGAGGAAGAGCCUCGUAAGCCAACAAAGGAAGAACAGGAUUACCUUGAACUGAGGAAGAAGUUGAAAGAAUCGAUUAGAAAGCAGAUGAAAAAGGAGAAUAGUAAUUCCCUUUUAGAUUCUGCUAGAAAGAACAAACUUCCUUAUGAUAAUUAUGGGUCCUUCUUUGGUCCUUCUCAACCAGUUAUUGCUCAGAGAGUAAUCCAAGAGAGCAAGUCAUUGCUAGAAAACCAGCAUUUAUCAUCUAGGCUUUCUAACUCGUCCGACAUUAACAAAAGCUCAAAUAAAGUAUCUAAUGGUGUAUUGAACUCCUCAGUUCGUCAUAAUAUUCGACCCAAAGUCAGUGAGCAGAAACAGGCUAAAGCCCAGAAACUCAAGGUUACUAGAGAUUACUCAUUUCUUUUGUCUGAUGAUGUGGAGCUUCCUGCUCCUAAGAAAGAGACCCCAUCUCAUAAAACACUUGUACAUAAUUCUGAACGGUCGGGUCAAGUUACUGGGAAGAGUGUCAGUGGUGGCAAGAUUGUCCGUGGCAGUGAUGAAAAUCGAAAACAUGUUUCUGGGCCUGGUCAUUUGGCUCCGAAAUCAGGAUCCAAUUAUAAGAUAAGUUCUAUCAACAGGAACAGUAAGGCAUCUGUGGAUUCUAGAAAACAACUUAGUAGUAACAGUGGGAAUGGACUGGGUCGGCCUUUAAAGAUGCCUGUUAGUACCAUUGGGAAUAAAUCAUUAGCACCUGAUAUGAAAAAUCCGGUAAAUGGUGUCCACAAAGCACUCUCCUCAAAGUUGCAUUCUGCAAGUGGUGCACAGAAGCCACUCUCUUCAAAGCUGCACUCUGUAAAUGGUGUGCAGAAACCACUCUCUUCGAAGUUGCAUUCGGUUUUGCCAAAGCAGAGUGUGGAACAAAGAAACAGCCUACGAGAACAGAAUAAACCUAAAAUGAUAUCAAAACAACCAGUAGCAUCAACCAAAGUACAGAUAAAUAAGCCGCUUAAACAAAUCCCCAAGCAAUCUAAUUUGCAAGAUCAACGUCCUAAGAAUAAGGUGAGGAAACGAUUCGAUGAUGAGACAGAGGAUGAAAUGGAUGUUAGUAGAAUGAUCAGAUCAAUGUUCAAUUACAACCCCAAUAAAUUUGUUGAUGAGGACGAUGACGCUGAUAUGGAGGUGGGCUUUGAUGAAAUCAUGAAGGAGGAAAAGAGGAGUGCCAAAAUCGCCAGAGAGGAGGAUGAGGAGCAACUUAGGUUGAUACAAGAGGAAGAGGAAAGAGAGCGGAGACGACUAUUGGCCAAGAGGCGUAAGCUUGGCCAUUAGCUUUCUAUUAUCACUAGCGUAAACACAGGCGCUAUCGUAUUUGUAUGUACGCAAUUUUUGAAUUAUAUUAAUAAUUGAUGAUAUUGUAAUGUUAUUAAGUUAAUGAACAAAAUAAAAGUAUAUUUAUAAAAA